AUGGUUCUUUGUUACUUAUUAUAUGUUUCUUCAGUUUGUUUGAAGGGCACGAAAACACUCAACAAAUGCUUAUUGUCAGUCUCUGAACCAAAGAACUACCACCAGGCCAGCGAUGAUUGCAUUGCACAAGGUGGAAUCCUGAGUACGCCAGAAACCAGAGAUGAGAACGACUUUUUGAAUGAUUAUGUGCGGAAGAGCUUAGGCAUAAGCUCUGAAAUCUGGAUAGGCAUCAACGACAUGGCAAAUGAGGGUUCAUGGGUGGAUUUGACUGGCAGUCGAAUUUCCUUUAAACUUUGGGAGACCGGAACAACCUUGGAGCCUGAUGGUGGAAAACAGGAGAACUGUGCAGCAUUGUCUGCUACUGCAAAUGGCAAGUGGUUUGACAAAAAUUGCAAAGAGGAACUGCCUUUUGUAUGCCAGUUUGCAAUCGUUUAG